CGCCGGCUCCCAAGGCAUCAUGGGUCGUGAAGUCCUUUCUCGCGCGGAAUGUUGGGCUUUGGAAUCUCACUUCCCAAAUUACAAGCUUUUCCAAUGCGGACAGACUACUUUUCCCAGGGAGCACCUCGCCGCCAUCGCGGUCAAAAGGUUUCUUUCUGUGACACCUAAUGGGGAAGCGCUAUUUCUGUGACUACUGCAACCGCUCUUUCCAGGACAAUCUCCACAACAGGAAGAAGCAUCUCAAUGGUGUCCAGCACCUCAGAGCCAAGAAGAUCUGGUAUGAUCUAUUUCGAGAUGCUGCAGCCAUCUUGCAGGAAGAGCAGAGCAAGAAGCCUUGUCGGAAAUUCCUGCAAACAGGCCAGUGCGAUUUUGGCUCCAAUUGUAGGUUCUCGCACAUGACAGAAGAAGAUUUGGAGAAGCUGAGCACACAGGUCCAAGAGGAGAAGAGAGCCAAAGAGCGGCAGCUUGACGGGGCGGUUUUCCCUCUAGGCACCGUCGACGGCUGGCUGGAGAAGAGGGCCAAGCAGCGUGGCACAGCGGUGGCCGACAGUCCCCUCGCCGAGGAAGAGUCCGUGUUCCAGUAUCCCCCCGGCUGGCCCCCAGUUCAGGAGCUUCCACCUUCCCUGCGGGCGCCACCUCCCGGUGGAUGGCAGUUCCCACCCAACCUGCACUGGGGAUGACGGGCGUUGCAGCACAAUCCAAAACGGGGCGACCGCUGCCACGCCAAGUCCGGUUCCAUCACCAUGCCUGCCUGUCGUGCUGCAGAGGAAACCCAGAUCGUGGCUGGCCAAGGGCAGCCUCCGGAGCUGUCCGAGCACCAGGCCGGUGUCCUCUGUGCUCCUGAGGCACAGGGGGAAGCCGCUGAUCUGUCACUGAAGUCGGGUGCUACAGCAUCGCGCUCGCCCUUUGGCACCAAGGAGGAAGGAAGGACCUUGCUUUAAGAGCCACGCAGGCAGGCGAGGGGGGCAUGUUGAACGUCCUGUUUAAAGAUGGGGUGCGAGUGGCUGGGAGGCAUUAUGUGAACCAUGCCUCUUGAAUGCCAAAUUUAAAACAAAGCAGCGUGAAAACCAAGGAACCCGCAUGGGAGGGCUUGAGAAGCUGUUCGGCAUCACAGUCUGGGAUUUUAAAAAAUAGUAUGUUGCCAGAGCCAGGUUGUGUUUUGCUUGAGGCAGCAUUACCCUUAUAUUUGUAAAUAAAUACAGAAAUAAAUAAA